AGGCCCUGCGGCCGCUGGAAGUGACGCCCGGCCGGAUCCGGGGAGUGCGGCGGUGUGUGGUGCUUGGCCAUUUGUGGCGCUUGCGGUGGGUCGCGGGCGGCCGGGCCGGCAGUUCGGGCUCGGGAGGCGGUCGCCCCUGUCCCUGCUGAGGCGCUUCUCUCCCCGCAGGUGCAGCCAUGGCAGACUCCACACAGAACGGGCCCAUGCAAGGCGGGGCCGGCGGCGGAGCGGUGCAAUUUCUGAUGGCUAACAAGCUGGAUACAGCAAUGUGGAUUUCCCGCUUGUUCACAGUUUACUGCUCAGCUUUAUUUGUCCUGCCUCUUCUAGGGUUGCAUGAAGCAGCGAGCUUUUAUCAGCGUGCCUUGCUGGCUAACGCUCUUACUAGUGCCCUCCGACUACACCAAAGGCUACCGCACUUUCAGCUUAGCAGGGCGUUUCUGGCCCAGGCCUUGCUGGAGGACAGCUGCCACUACCUGUUGUACUCACUUAUUUUUGUGAAUUCCUACCCUGUUACAAUGAGUAUUUUUCCAGUUCUGCUGUUCUCUUUGCUUCAUGCUGCCACGUAUACGAAGAAGGUUCUUGAUGCACGGAGUUCAAAUAGUUUGCCCUUUCUGAGAAAUCUUUUAGAGAAACUGAAUGCUAAUCAACAGAAUAUUCUAAAAUUCAUUGCUUGCAAUGAGAUUUUCCUGAUGCCAGCUACAGUUUUUAUGCUCUUCAGUGGGCAAGGUAGUCUGCUUCAGCCAUUCAUUUACUAUAGAUUUCUCACAUUACGCUACUCCUCUCGGCGAAAUCCGUACUGUCGGACUCUCUUCACCGAGCUGAGGAUUGUUGUUGAACACUUAAUAAUGAAGCCCUCAUGCCCUGUUUUUGUAAGAAGACUAUGCCUCAGCAGCAUUUCCUUUAUAAGCAGAUUGGCACCAACUGUUGCAUAGCCAGAUUUCAGGUCUCCUGUGUUUUGUGAACAUUAUGAGCAGCUGGUACUUCUGCUGAUGGUUAUAAAAUCCUGGUUUUACACCAGUCUCACUCCAGGCUGUAUAAAAAUGUGUAUAUGCUUUUCUUGGAGAUAAUAUGAAGUUUAGCAUAUCAAAAGCAAGUCAUGGAAACUUAAAAUUACUGUGCUGUAUUGGUAAUUGGUGAAAAAGAGUAGCUGUGUACUAUCCAAAACAUGCCCGGUCAUACAGAAUUGACUUUUAGGAAUCGAGGAUUGUUUGAGAUUGAUUAAAACUUUUAGAAGUCUGUGCUCAGUAGGCUUCUGUUAGUUUGAUCUCUAGAUUCUGUAGGAUGUCUCCAGUGGAUAGCAGCUGGUAUGCAUACCUAUGCAAUAUGCUUUGGACAGUGUUCUGCUUAUUAGAUGUAUCUGUAGAGCCAUUUUUUCUAAAUUACUAUAUUCAAUGCAAAAAAUAUGGCCCACUUUGAAUUUCACAAAAGAGAUUAAAAUCUAUCAAGCUGACAUAGUUAACACCUUUUCUGAACGAGAUGCUGUUUCUGUUUGCAGUACUUAUAAAGAACUCUUCCAAGUUUCUACCUUGUGAAAUAGUCUUCAUGUUGUUGGAAGAAAUCUCAACACUCUGAUCGCAGGAAACUCUGUGCAGUUAUCUUGCCAUAACAAGAUGUUUUACCAAGCUGCAUUGCUGACCUGUGGGCUUUUCAGGCAAAACUGCAAUGCUUAAACUUUUAACCAUCUCUUAAGUGAACUAAUCAAUGUAAACUAAGUAACUUUUGCAGAAUCGUUGCAAAUUUGUUCUUGUUUCUACACAAAUGUGAAACUGCAAUAAUCCAAGCAUGUCAGCUUUUUAGAAAAUUAAUCAGUAGCUAGCUCUAUAUAAAUUGUUCUUACGGUUUCUGAGACUCAUUGUGAUGGGAAAUUUGCAUAAGGGAUUGUACCUGUUUAGGCAGCUCCUGAAACAAAUGGGUGUAGGAUUUUUUAGCAUAAAUCUGUCUGACUGAUCUGAAGCCAGUGUCAUUACUACAGAAAUGAAUAUUAAAUUGAGUGCUGAUUAUGUAUUCACCCAGCAGCUGGAAGGUAGGUCAUGGACAAAGAAUAUUAUCUGUCUGAACACAACUGCUUUCCGUAAAUUCAAGGCAAAGUAUUUGCCUAGUCUUCUGUAGUUAAUGUUAGUAUUCUAAUUGCAUAAAGUAAAUGGGUUUCAUUGGCCUUUUGUAAAUUUCUAUAGCACUGUACUUAACUAUUCUUCCUUGGUCGGAGAAAUGUUAAUGUGAAACACUUUUGAAAACAGUCUUGAAGCAAAGUAUUUUCCUGUAACUAUUGAGUUAUCUUGUUUGUGAUGUGGAUAUCAUUCAUAUUUCCCAGUUGUAUUAGUUUGUUAGAUCACAGCCUGUAUUUAUAACCUUAUUUUUUGCUCAACCUCUUGAUACUGAUGAACUAGUUGGUAAUUGAAUAUGAUAUUCUUUGACUACUUGUCUUGCUCUCUGAACAUGAUUAGCUAUUUAUAGAACACUUGCACACUGCAGAAGCAACUGCAUGCAGUAAUGCUCUACAGCUGCUAAAGACUUGCAAUGAGAUUCACUAUAUGUAUAUCCUGUAAUUUGAGGAUUUUAUAAAAACUAAAAUUUCUACUGCAAUAAAAGGAGUGUUAAAUGUAA